AUGGAAACACGUAAACGCCUGGCUAAAAUAGUGCUUGUCUUCGUGGGCUGCUUUGUUUUCUGUUGGUUUCCAAAUCACAUUCUCUACAUGUAUCGGUCUUUCAAUUACAAGGAGAUUGACCCAUCUCUAGGCCACAUGAUUGUCACCUUAGUUGCCAGGGUUCUGAGCUUUUGCAAUUCUUGUGUCAAUCCAUUUGCUCUCUAUUUACUCAGUGAAAGCUUCAGGAAGCAUUUCAACAGCCAGCUUUGUUGUGGGAAGAAGUCCUAUCAAGAGAGAUCAACCAGCUACCUACUCAGUUCUUCAGCAGUGCGAGUAACGUCUCUGAAAAGUAAUGCUAAGAACCUGGUAACCAAUUCUGUUUUAUUAAAUGGGCACAGCCUGAAACAGGAAUUGGCACUGUGA